GGUAUCUGACAGAAUCUGUUAGACUUGAAUACCUAAACUCACGGACCAUACUCCCGACUGAGCCGGCAAUUAUGGGAGAACGGCUUCACUUUUCAAUAAUUGCAGCUGAGGGAAGUAAGUUUCCUCCAAUCCUCAAUGCUGUAGAGAUUUUUGUGUCAAAGGAGCUCCCAAAUAAAACAACUGCCAUACAAGAUGUUGAAGCCAUCAAGGACAUCAAGAAACAGUACACGUUGCCUAGAAACUGGCAAGGCGAUCCAUGUGUCCCGAGGGAAUACUCAUGGGAUGGUUUGCACUGCAGUUACAACUAUACUAUUCCAAGUAUUAUAUCAGUGGAUUUGUCAUACAAUGACUUAACUGGGCCACUGCCAGAAUUUUUGGCACAACUGCCAAAUUUGUACACUCUUGAUUUGCGUGGGAACAAGUUCACGGGUUCAAUUCCUGAGGAUCUUCUGCAGAAGUCUAGGGAUGGGACGUUGGUGUUGAGUGUGAACGAAAAUCCAGAUCCUUGUCAGUCAGUUGCAUGCAAGAGAGGGAAGAAAAAGGAGUUUGUUAUUCCAGUUGUUGCAUCGUCCACAGCAGCAGUCCUGCUCCUUCUGUUCAUCUUUAGUGGUCUGGCUAUCUAUAGACAGAAAAGACAUGGAGGUAUGGUUACCAAAUCCAAUAUCAGAUCAAAGAAUCAACAGUAUAGCUACUCUGAGGUUGUGAGCAUUACUAAUAACUUCGAAACCAUCGUUGGAGGAGGAGGAUUUGGUAAAGUGUACCUUGGUAAACUGAAAGAUGAAGGUCAAGUAGCUGUUAAAUUGCUCUCUCCUUCAUCAAACCAAGGCUAUAAGGAAUUUCAAGCUGAGGCACAACUCUUGAUGAUUGUUCAUCAUAGAAACUUGGUUUCUCUUGUUGGAUACUGUGACGAGAAUGACCAGAAGGCCCUCAUAUAUGAGUAUAUGGAAAAUGGCGAUUUGCACCAGCAUUUAUCAGUGAAAAACACAAAUGUGAUGACUUGGAAUGAGAGACUUAAUAUUGCAGUGGAUGCAGCACAUGGGUUAGAGUAUCUUCAUAAUGGUUGCAAGCCGCCUAUAAUUCAUAGAGAUUUGAAAACUUCCAACAUUUUAUUGACUGGACAUAUGAAAGCCAAGAUAGCUGAUUUUGGAUUGUCUAGAAUCUUUGCAACUGAAAGUGACUCUCACGUGUCAACUUGCCCAGCUGGCACAUUAGGAUACCUUGAUCCAGAAUAUCAAGCAUCUGGAAACUUCAGUAAAAAAAGUGAUGUCUAUAGCUUCGGUAUUAUUUUGUUUGAACUAAUCACUGGUCGGCCUGCAAUAAUGAGAGGACCUAAGAAAAACACUCACAUACUUGAUUGGAUUUAUCCAAUAAUUGAAAGUGGGGAUAUUCAAAGUGUUGUUGAUCCAAGGUUACAAGGAAAAUUCCACACCAAUUCUGCCUGGAAAGCUGUGGAGAUUGCCUUGUCAUGCAUACCAUCAAUUGCAAUCCAAAGGCCAGACAUGAGUCAAGUAUUAGCCGAACUAAAAGAAUGUUUGGCUUUGGAGAUGACUAAUGCAAGCCUAGCAACUGAGGGUAAUAUGACACCUUCAAGCAUUCCACUUGAAGCAUUCUACUUAGAGCUUGAAUCAGAUAUUGUUGCCCUUGCUAGGUAGUUGUUAAACAAAAUGUUUGUGGUCAAGUUUUCCUUCCAUGCGAUAUGAGAAAUUUCUAGAAUUACAUUGAUAGUUCAAGAAUUUCUUUUAUUCUUGUUUAAUGUUAUGUAUCUCUUUCAAUUAAGUACGAAUGAUGUAUUACGAUGUAUUUCUGUUGUUUUUGAUGGGCAUAUCGAUACA